UCCUGGUACAGUCGGCGACUGCACAGCUUCUUCAUCAUCUCCAAUACCGCUGGCCGAGCGUUCUCGUCGGGGCUAUUUUCGUCGUCUCUCCGGUGGCUGACACUCCUCACUGCUGAGCGAUCAUGCACCGAUAUGCUGCCUUUGUUUUACUGCUCACAUCUGGCGUCGGUAAGUCGUGUUUUUUAACUUGAAAUUGAUGGUCAAGAGUGAGAGGAAUGAUUGCUGCGAAGUGACGCGGUUGAACUCAUGGGAUAGAUACCCUGGCCUGGUGGCGCUUUCUGGGCGCAGGUUAAACGCAGUCCUGAACAUUUUGAGAAUAUUCCCUUGUUUAACUGAACUUUAAGCUACGUAUAUUUGGUAUUUAUGUGUGUUUUAACUGCUCAGGCCUUAAAACAAACCCGGGUUGUCAUCCCCGCAGCAGUCUCGUCCAGUCGUGAUGUUUUGAAACUAGCUAGAUUGCUAAUUGUUACCUACGUCAACAACAUUAGACUUGGACACUGUAACAAACCUUAACAAAAUACAUAUUUCUGAGCAGUUUAACUUGUUAUCUAGCAUAUUAAAAAACUUUAUAUGCUCUGUAACUCAAGUGUUACGCUCGCUUUGAGUUUUAUACUUUGCCCAGGUGAUGCUAGCUCGACUAGCCGUUAGCUUGCUGGUUGGAUAACACUUGUUUUGACGCUAAUAUUAGACUUCGGGAUAAAACCGCUAACUGCUGCAGGCAAACACGACGGACUCAUAUUCAGAUAAAUGGGAAGAAAUGGUGUCUUUGAUCUCUCUGGGAACAAAAUUAGAUGUGUUGACAGCACAUCUACUAGCUUAUACGGUUAGCAACAUUUGGCAGUUUACAGUUAGCAAGCACGUGAUAGCCCUAAAACUAUAACCAGAGCUUGUUAUAUGAGCGGUUAACGAGUUCAGCCAGCUGGGGAACAAUUAUCAGAGGAAAAGGCUGAGAAAAAAAGCAAACGGGUGAUCCAAACAACAUGUUCUUUUGUUUUUACUUUCGACAUCACAUAUUUAUCGUUAUUACUGGCGCUGCAAGUCAUAAAUCUAUUCUUGCUCAUGUUGUUGCUCUGAUGUUUUUAUGUCUGUCCUUUUUUCCCCCAUAACUUUCUUUGCCAAAACCCAACACCCUCACAGCAGAUUACCUUAAAAUGUGAUACAGACUGUUAGAAAAAGAAUAUUCAAUUAGAUCAACUUGUUUGUAUAGCACCAUUAAACACAAAAGUCAAAAGUGAAAAUAAAAGUGAGACAUUAGUGAUGUUGUUGAUGUUGUCUGAAAGUCUGAAAGGGUUCAAGAAGACCACAUAAGGUUGUGUUCAAACAUGUAUUAACCAUAGCUAUUUCUGACAAUUUGAUAUUUCUAAUCUCAAAAUAAAUCUGUGAGAGGAAAAGAAGUGUUAAUUUUAGAUCUGAAAUGGGUCACUCCAUAUCCAGUAGUGCUUGGACGAUAUGCUUUCCACCCAAUUCCAUUCUUCUACGAUUUUUAGGAUGCCGAUUCGAUUUAAAUUGAAAUUUUAUGAUAUUGUCGAUUUUCUCGAUUUUUAAGGUCCUUUAACAACGGGAGCAUUUUUAUCGUGCGAUUAUUUCGGACGUCAAUAUUUUUUUUUUUCAAACCCGUAUCCUGUCAAUACAAGCGUUCACAUCAGCUACGUUUUCCCGUCUUGUGAUAUUGUGGCAUCUAUUUUUUUGGAUCACAGUCAAUUUUUCUAAAGUUUUUGCGUACUGUGUGUCCACUUCUGAUCAAUCAGAUUGCGUGUUGCUGCGAUGUCUGUUUCACCAGUAUAUCCAACAUGGCCGACCGGCUGAUUGUUUACGUGUCGGAGUACAGAGUGCUUUUUGAUUAAAGACACAAACAUUACAAAGAUAACGACCUGAAGGAUAGUUUGUGUGCUUUAACAGUUUGCUAAAUGUCUUUGUUUUAACUUUCAUCUGUGCUAAGUAACUUUAGCUCAUAAGCUAACCUGUUCAGAUACAACAUACCAUAUGUAUUUUCACUGUCUCAAACUCAAUCGCGUUGCUGUCACAGCACCAUUAGGUCUCGGUUGUUACCAUACGUUUAUGGAUUAUAGUUUUAUUGUGCUUAUCUUUUUUAACAUAAAAAUCUAUUUAAAAAUUGUAAAACAAACUUAUGUGAAUCAAUUUUUUCUGCCACCCCUAAUAUCUAGUGUUUUCUUUCUGUUAUGUAAAAACAUACACCAACAUACACUGACCAGCCAUAACAGUUAAACACAAUUUAAUGCAACUCAAUAAUUCAGCUGUACCAUUAAUUCUACUUUAAGUUUUUAUUGACAUGGUCAGACAGGUGAUAAUUGUUCUUAAACUUUACAAAAUAUAAAGAAUAUAUUUCAUUAUAAUACGCUCCAGUAAACCACUAACCCACAAUGUCUUUAACAAUAAAUGUAAAUUACAGUAAAAACACGUCUGAUCAGCAAAAACUGAAUACUUACAAGCUUCCUGAAAGUAGGAUUUGUGGUUGCGCAUUAGAUUGCCCAGGUGUUCAUUAUAUGGCUGGUCAGUGUAAAGUUCAGGUCAGGUGCUUUGGAAAGCCGUUGAGUUUUUGAUGACAGUGCACACAACCAACAUUAUACAGUAAAUGUGGAUGGACCUUGGCCCCUUGUCUGUAAAAUUUGGGGAGGGGAAAAGGUACAGAAAAACAUCGCAAGUUUGAUUGAAAAUCUUGUACAAAGAAUGUGAUGUCUUCUGAAGGUUAUGUGGUUCUUGUGUACCCAAGAAAUUGCAGAAAAACAAAUUGAUUUAAUAAUUUUAGUAUUUAAAAUGCUGACUUUUGUAUGUGGAAAUAUGUAGCUGAAAUUGAACUCGAGCUAUCAUGAUAUUAUCAUCACACAGCUAAUAGCAUACUCCAGUGUUGUCUAAGUACAUGGCAGUGGUAGUUGUCUAUUUGAAUAAAAACCUUUAUAGAAUAAUAGGAAUAAUAUAUCCUUUUUUUUUUUUCUGCAGUGUUCCAGCUGUCGCAUGGCGUCGAGGUGACGGUCAAUGACGGUGAAGACAAGCUAUGCAUAUUUGCCAAUCUAACAGUGAACUUCGCGGUCCCAUAUGAAAAAGCUGACAACACGGUGAGUGUUGAUCUUCCUCUCACUUGACACCAGAUGUCCUACUUUGACCGGCUCUGUUUGGCUUCUUUUUUUUUUAUUCCAUCCGGUCACACAGUAUCCUUAUGUAAUUACUACAGAAGAAAACAGCUCUGCCUUUAUCAGGGCAGCUCAACAGCGUGACUGUCAUACAACCCCUUAGAGUCCAUGCCAUCGAGGAAAGGGGAAAUGAAAGGGGUCACUACAAAGAAAAUAGCUGUUUUCUCGCCAUUAGAGAUUUCAAUCAUUGAGCUCUCCUGAAACAAUGCCUGUGAUUGUGUCUUUGCAAGUCAGAUGUUCAAAUGAGUAAAGCUCACAGAAACUCUUUCCAAGUAAAGAGCUUAAAUCUUAAAAACAACAGAUUGUUUCAUAUCUUUAUCUACCCACUUAAUCAGUCCCGAAGGUCCUUAAGGCCGAUCCUAAACAGUUCAGUAUCAAACUUAUGUAAUCAUGCUAAAUGGGGUUAUGCUCUGCCCUUUCCAGAGUGCGACAGCCGAGUUUGAACUCCCCAGUAACGUCACAACAGACGGAAGUGAGUGUAAUCCCAAAAGUUCCAUGUUGAAGAUUAAUUUUGGAGGACACACCUGGAGUGUUAAUUUCACCUUGAGUGGGGAAAAGUACCAGGCAGACAUCAUCACCUUCUCCUACAGCCUCAGUGACAAGGCUGUCUUCCCUGAUGCUUCAUCAAAUGGUAACCCUUACUUUACUUCAUCACAGUAAAAAGACACAGUUAAUGAUGAGGGAUUUUGUUCUGAUGCUGAUGUUAUUCUGAUUUUUUUGUAGAUACCAUGACUGUGACAUUCAAGCCUGAGAUUACAGAUGUAGUGAAAGACACCUGCUACUCAUGCAAAAGUCGAGACACCAUCCAGUCUGAUAUGGUCAAUCAGACUCUGUGGAACGUGCUCAUGCAGGCUUUUGUCAGCAACGGCAGCAAGAGUGAGAGGAGUAAGUUCAGCUGCAGUGUCACACCUACACCAGCCUGAACUGUUUCUCUUUUUUUGGUAUUAAUCGCCACUUUCCUCUCUUUCUCCCCCCCCUUUUACAGUCACCUCUUGUCGUGCUGAUAUACCUGCGACCACUCCUCCCCCCACCACUCAUGCCCCAACGACCACCACUGUAGCUCCAACCACUCCCACCACCCCUCCCACCACCCCAACCCCUACCCUCCCCACACCUGGCAUCGGGAAGUAUAUCGUCAAGCCAGAGAACGGCACAGCCUGUCUGUUGGCCGAAUUUGGCUUGCGAAUCGGUUUGAAGCUGGGAGAGGUACCUUCGCUGUCAUGCGGUGUUAAAAUCUUUCAGAGCUACUUAUUUUUGAAGUUAUAAUCAGAUACAAACCACAUUUAUUGGAUUCCCCUCUUUCCCCUUUGCCAUAGAAAUACCAGGAGAUGAACCUCGACUCCAAUACAACCUCAGCCUCUGGAAAAUGUGGAGUCAACAGCAGUGAACUGGUGUUGGUGUCGGACACAAUGUCCAUCAUGCUGACUUUCACCAAUGUAAGUCCUCAUCUUCAUGUAGUUUCGUCCUUGUUGUUCUCAGCAUUUCAAAGGCUCAUGAAACUUAUUGAAGACUAAGCCAAACAAUAGAACACUUUUAAAAAGGAACAGAGGGUUUUUCAUGAUUUUGCACAGUCUCUCAUUCACUCCUCUUGUCUUCUUUCUUUUGAGAAUUUGGACAAUUUUGCAGCCAAACUAACCUGAAAAGCAGCAGGUGCUGGGUAUACAUUGAUUACUUCUAGCCAUUCAUCAAAAAUAUCAAUACACUCUUAGAGGAGCAGUGGGAAGGAUUUAGUGACAUCCAGUGGUGAGACUUAAGAUUGCACCCAUCUGGUGACGGCCGUUCUCACCCUUCACCCUAAAACUUGAAGUAGAAUCCACAAAUUGCCAAGGCCCUCUUUGAAUUCAGUGGGUUUUGUUGGACUAAGAUACAUGACAAUCAAAAACAAAACUAUUUUUGUUUGAAGCAGAAUACAAACUUAUGAAUAUUUACGUUUCUUCCUUUCAAAAUGCGACAUAGCAACUGGGAAAUGUUCACAUCUGGGUCUUCUGGAUACUGAGUCUGUGUUUUAAAACUUAAUUUUUCUGUCAACAGGACUCAAAGAAGUUCCACUUGCAGGCUCUGAACAUCACCGGAAAGACAGGCUCUGGUAAUAAGAACCAUAUACUGUAAUAGGUUGGACAUAUGGAUAAAAACUCUUGAAUUUCUGAGUUUGAAUAUUCGUGUCUUUCUAGGUGUUGUCUUUUCAGAGUCAAACACCAACCUCAGUCUGUGGGAGGCAGCCCUCGGCGCCUCCUACAUGUGCAACAAAGAGCAGAACUACACCAUCAGCAACAAUCUCACCCUCUUCACCUUUGACCUUCGAGUGCAGCCCUUCGGGGUCAAGAACGAGGUUUUCAGUACAGGUAGGAUAUUCUGUCAUGACUCUGACUAAACUGUUUGAUGUGCUGGAGGGCUGGGAUGAUAUGUUUUUCUCCUGAUUCGAUUUAAAUUGCUAUUCUACAAUAUUAUUGAUUUUCUAGAUUUUUAGUCUGCAUUUUUAACACCAGUGAAACAGUUGAAUGAUUAUGAUCGUCUAUUGACUAUUCCAAUAACCGUAUUUCCCCCCAAAAAUUCACACCACAUGUAAGGCAGUUUUCAAGAUUUGUUCUUAAAUUUGAAAAAAAAAAAAGUUUUUUUUAACAUAAAAAUCAAUUUAAAAAUUAUAAAACAAAAAUCGUGAUACUUAUGUGAAUUAAUUUUUUUCUCCCACCCCUAAUUUUUUUCCACAUGUGGAAAAAAAUUGUAUAGCUGAAGAGACAUUAGUUUUGUUGUUUUGAAAUCAACUAAAUUGAUGAAAUUGUUCAAUGAUACCAACUCUAGUGCUGAGAAGCCUUUCAAACAGCUCUUAUAAUAGUUGUAGUCCACUUCAUUUGGUUGUAUUUUACAUGCAACCUUAUGAAUGUAUUUUAUUUAAUCAAAAAUAACACAAUAAUUAGAGAUAAUAAUGUUUUUAUGUCCAAAAGCCCAGCUAAAUGACUUCUUCUGUUAUUAUAUUUUAUUUGGCAGAAAUAGACAUUCACUUGUUAGCUGGUUUCAUGUGAUAGAGCCCAAAUUUUAUUAUUGUUUAAGAAUAAUCUGAACAUGAGUAAUGUUGAUACAAAGAAUGAACCAUGGUCAGCAAACAUAAUAUCUGUAUUUCAGCACAUCGGGAUGCUAGGGUUGACUUUGUUUUCCACAAGUUGUUGAAUCGUUUUCUUGCUGCUUUAAGGCCGUCAGGCGUGUCUAACUGAUUUUUUUUUUUACAGUGAUGACUAAACUUUACAGAGAUGAGUCAUAGUCAUUUCUUUUUUCAUGGUACUAAUAAAAAUAGAAAAGUGCCACUAACUAAACUCAGCCACAAAUUAAGCUGCUCAACCUCACUUUAAGACGUUUGCUAAAGGGAGAGUAUUUGGUUUCAUGCAUCUAAAUUUGGCAUUUUUGACAGGUUUUUUUUGGCCUAAUUUCUCUUGAACUUGAGAACAAGAUUUUCUUUGUGAGUUUUAUUGAACACGCUUUAUUAAUUCAAACGAAUCAAAGCGAGCCAUUAGUAAAUCCACCACUGUGGGAUCCCUCACAGCUAAGAAACAGAGAAAAUGUUUGUGACAAAGUUAGACUGUAUCUAAUCACCUGCUUUACUGCUUCACUUGCGUCUCUCUGAAGACAUUGUUUGUUGUCUGUACCACCUGUUGACUGACUCUCUUUUUAUCUGCAGCCCAUGAAUGUUCAUUGGAUGACACCAGCAUCUUAAUCCCAAUCAUUGUUGGUGCUGCUCUGGCUGGCUUGAUUCUCAUUGUAGUGAUCGCAUACGUGAUCGGUCGAAGAAAGACUUAUGUUGGAUAUCAGACCCUUUAAUUUCAAUGUGUGAUCUAUCCUGACAUAUCAAGGGGUACCCAAGCCUGGUCCUUGGGUCUCAUGUGCAAUUGCUAAAUUGGCAUAUGAUUGAAAGAUUAAGGAGUCAAAGAUGCAGUUUUAUAGCGAAACAAGAUUUUACCAUCUCAGUAAUUAGUCGUGAGAACAAACUACUCUGGAGUUGCAGUCAGAGGGUCUUUUUUGUGCUUAUAUGCAGAGACUAAAUUCCAUCUGAACAUGGGGGUUUGGUGUUUUUCUCAAGGACCAAACUUGUCUACCCCGAAUGUUUGUGAUUGUUUUUGUGCUGUUUUAUUUGAUGUCCUUCCUUUUAGUUGUGAUUUUUUGUAAAUGAGCAAGUGCAAGAUCCCGACGGCAUCUUUAAAAACUCCAGUAAUAAUAACAAUUACAUAAAAGAUGUUAAACUCACAGUGAGUUAUACCAUUACAAAAACCUCUGAACACUAAGUUGACUCAUUUUUAUCAGAACUCCAGAUCCUGCACUUGCUCUGAAAACAUUCCCCAUCAUGUUUUUGUUUUGUCGUUAUUGAAUAUUGAGCCAAUUUUAGUUUUUAUUUUUGUUUUAAGGUUUGAAUUCUCAUCCCCAUUCAUAUUUACAUUACGGAAUUGAAGUGAUUUACCCUUGAUUUCUUUUAUAAUUCAACGACAGAUUGUUAAGCAGCUUUCUAUCUUUGAUUUUUGAUUUAACAUCUUUUCCAUUUGAAAAAAUUGCUAAAUGAAAUAUGCCUCAGUGUUUGUCCCUGUAGAGCAGGGAAACCAUGGAAACUGACUGUGCGGCUUCAGUCAUAUUAAGAAUGUAAAAUCAAAGUGACCUUUCUCACUGAAAACAUUUUGAUGUUUUCAAGCACUAAAAUCCAGGUGAAAGUAAUGACAAGAAAAGAUGUUUCAAGCUUUGAGACCCUGACAGACUUUUAAAACUCCACAUAACAAGAUAAAAGUUGGUGUUUCUCAUUCAAAGCUGAGCCUUUUCUAAUACUCCAUUUAAAAAUGUCUGCUGCUUUAGAAGGUCUCUCAAAUUUGCACAUGGUCCAGUCAGAGAAUAAAUCUGGAAAACAAGGUCAUCUUUUCUCGUUGAAUACGUUUUGGCAUUAUGUUAAGAAAAGGGAGAAAUUUGGUGUGUAGAUAUUAACUUUCAGUACGGGCAAUUCUGAGAAAAAGAUACAUGCCUACAAAUGCACUAAGGCGCUAUUUAGAUAUUUUGCAUCAUGUUAAGACUCUAGUCACAUCAUGUCACCUGUGUAUAGUCUGCUUGGACUGCUGCAGCUGCAUCACAGGUCCAAAAAAACUCCUGAAAACUUCGUUUUAAAUGUUUCCUCCAAUGCUUCUCUUAAACACAGAACAGUUAUGUCUGGAAACAACCAAAAUAAAUCAUUCAGGAGGGAAAAAUGUAAGUUUUCAGGAGCUUUUCAGCUAGGAGAAUUAGUGCGGGUUACAUUGAUGCUGUGUUUCAGACAGAGGCAAGUUCCUCGUGUGUGUUUCUUUGACAGAAAGCCAAUGUGACAAGUGGUGACAGCUGUUUAUUGCUGCCUUAUUUGAGCAGAGUGCUGCGUUUUUUAGCCUAGUUUCCACUCUUCAGGACUCGGGCAAAGAAAACAGGCAGUAAACUAUGCUGAACUUGACAGUGCUUGCUUUAUAAGUUGCUUAAUAAAAUUUGCUUUCCCAGGACAUUGUACGUGUUAAUAGAUAAUGGCUGUAAAUCAAUUACGAGCUUUGAUUUUCUGGUGAUUUUUGCUGCUUGGAGUAUUUCAGCUGUGUACAAACUCAGUUGCCUUAAUUAUAAAGAUGGUUUUGCAGCAACGGUUUAAAUGUUCGCUUUCACAAGAUUAACUCCCCAACCGCUGAUGGCAAAAUCCUCUAAUUGGCUUCUCAGCGCCACAUUUGAGCCUUCUUUUAUGAUUCAAUAACUUACUAAUACUGCUAUGACUUCGCUGUUUUGGUUCAUCAUUUAAUUUCCCUUCACUCGUUGAAGAGCCUGCACAUACAUGUUCAGCAAAGGGAAUUUGUGCUGCAAGACCAUCUUGUAAUAAAAAGAUCAAUCUGUGUGUUUUGUUGAUUCAAAUGACUUCAGCUCUUUUCCCUCAUGCUGUUGAAUAGUGAAAAUUUGGAUUUCAAAUUGUUUGUCUGACUGAAGUGGAGCUUUUUAGUAUUUUAAGAUUCAUGGAAAUAAAAUGCGUUGCUGCCCUGGAGACUUGAGUUAAUCUUCCUUCAUUUUAAAAACUCUUCAGUAUCACUGUCCAUACUUUAAAACACCUUGGUUUCUCUAAAGCUGGUUGGUUCUUCCUUUCAGGCAUUAACCAUGUUUUCUUUUUUUUAUCUGAAGUCUACUGUUCAGCCUGUAAAACAUUCAUCUCUCUGCUCUCUUCACUUUUCGUCCAGCUGUGGAAUGCCGGUCUGAUGCAGAGAGCUUCCUUGUUCCCAUAGCUGUCGGCGUUGCCCUGCUUGUUCUCAUUCUUAUCGUUCUGACGGCCUAUUUCAUCGGGAGAAAGAGAAACGCGGCCACCGGCUACGAGUCUUUCUAGAUAAACUCACCUGAUUAAAAAGAAAAAACUAAUUGUGCACAGAGGAUGAGUUGCUGAAUCGCUGGCUGUUUGCUUUGCUGUCUAUGUUUUAAGUGUAAGAAAUUUCCAACUUGGGUUGUACUGAUCUUUCUAUGUAGUGUUUCAUGCUGUUGACAAGAUGGGAAAGAUGCUGCCACUGGAUUUGCCAAGCAUUAGGCAUUUUCCCUGAUUGUACAACUGGCUCUCUAACAAUCUAAUUUCCACCUGAUCGUGGAGCUCAUGCAGAAUAAUAAGUACUGACGACUUGAGUGUUUUCCUUCUUGUGCCUCUGGGGUAUCUUAAUAACCUAUCCUGUAAUCCACACUGCAUUCACAGAGCUGAUUCCACCUUUGUUUUGUAGGUUUGAAAUCCUAACUUGCUUCUGUCCUUUCCUCUCUAACCCCUUUGUGGACUGUUAACAUCCUUUCUCCCUCUUUUUUUGUGUGUUUUCAGCAAACUAAACCACUAACCCUCUGUUUGUUUCCUCUCUGUCUUUAUCUGUCAGCUGAAGAAUGCUUCCUGGACUCUGAUUUGAGCUUUUUAGUGCCCAUCGCAGUGGGCGUGGCACUCAGCUUCCUAAUCGUCCUUGUGCUUAUCUCUUACCUAAUUGGCCGAAGGAAGAGUCGCACCGGCUACCAGUCCGUAUAAUCCGAACACGGCUGCUUCUGCCUCUUGCACCCUUUCAACUCUCACAACUCCCUAAAAAUGUCCACUGAAUCACUCCGCUGCCCGUCGGUGCAUCCGAAAAAAGAAACCUUAAUUCCUGCUUUCUUCUGUCCCCUCCCCCAAAAUAACCGUUUUCUCAUACACAGCUUCAAAUUUAUCCCAGCAACAACCUCCAAUAGUUUCAUUUUGUUUUGCUUCUAUGCCAAUGACAGAAACAAGUACCAAAACAUUUAUGAUCAAUAUUGCAUUGUUUGAUUGUAGAUUGCAUGUUUCUAAACUUAAAUUCAUGGCUGUGUUUGGCCACCCACCUCCUCCCCAGAGCGCUCCUCUCCCCUCCCAACCCCAGAGAGGCUUUUCCCUCUCGAUUUCUGUGCUGUACAAUAGUAUCCAUGUAAAUUUCUCUCUUGUAUAGAAUGAAUGACAUUGAUUUUUGAUGACGUGAAUGUACGAGCAAGCUAAUAGAAACACUUUGUCAUUCAUUUCCCCGUCCAGUUCUCACUGUUUUUAAAUGUUUCUUUAACCACAACUUGACAUAAAAUAACAGCUCAAUGAAAGUGUUGCACAUGUAGUCACUUAAUCGUAGCUUGGAAAAAGGGAUGCUAAGUUAUCACGACACUUUACCAGCAAUGGGACCAGUUUUUUGUUUAUUUUUUAACGUGUGAUGUUAGGUGUUUGUCGAGACUAAAAGCUUACUUUAUUUUAGUGUACACUUCGAUUUAAAGAUCAGUAUUUGUUGACUACAUUUUGUGUUCCUUUAUGAACCUGUGUUAAUUCAAAAGUUAAACACAUGGAUGUUUGACACCUCACCUCAAUCUUCAUAGAUCAUUGAUUUGACGAUAACAUAAUGAGUACGAGCAGUUCAAGAGUUAACACUGACGUAAUUCUCUUUAUGUUCUGUACAUUCGAUCACACACAAACACACACAUACCCCAGACAGUUUCGUGCCUUUCUGUUGUGCACCUCUGAGUUGCUUGCUUGAAGCUUGUCUCCAUCUGAUGAAGAAUGUGAUAGGAUGAGCUUGUUAAACACAAGUGGGGAACAAAUUAAAUAAAGUUUCGUUCUUGUUUUGUAUCAC